AUGUCGUCGGCGCGAAAUCCAGGUGCUGUCCCUGCGACACCGAGGGUCAUCUCCCCAUCACCGACUCCAUCAGAAGGCAGAACCUCAUCGCGGGAGGGGUACUCGGCGCCGACAACGCGCUCGGCUGCCCGACGGCAGCAGCGCCUCGGCGACGUCACAGAAGAAUCGGACUAUACACCAUCGCGAUCCCGAAGGCGCAAGUCCAAGUCGAAGCAAGCCACGCCCGAAGAGCCUCAAGCUCUAGCGGCGCGAACAAAUGGCAGUGCACCUCAGAAGAACGGCUUCCUUUCUCCGUUGUCAAAAGCAGACGGUACUCGCCUCGUCGAGAGCGUCUCGCGAUCUCCUUCCCCACUCGGCUUGAUUCCUCUUCACACCCGGUACCGCAACUUCGUCCAUCGCCAUGAGAUCCCGCGAAAACUACUCCACGUCUCGAUCGGCUUCCUGACGCUCCACCUAUACAGCCGCGGCAUCCAAACCCACCAGAUCACGCCCUGGUUGUUUGGUGCGCUUGUUCCUAUCGCUGCUACAGACAUACUGCGUCAUCGCUCAGAGAGGGUCAAUAAGUUAUACAUCCGCUGCGUCGGCGCCCUCAUGCGCGAAACAGAGGUUUCCGGCUACAACGGUGUGAUCUGGUACCUCGUCGGCGCAUACACCGUCCUUCGCUUCUUCCCCAAGGACGUCGGCGUCAUGGGUGUCCUGCUGCUCUCCUGGUGCGACACCGCCGCCUCCACCUUCGGCCGUCUCUACGGCCGUUACACUUACAGCCUGCGCAAGGGGAAGAGUCUCGCGGGCACCCUCGCCGCUUGGUUCGUCGGCGUCGUCACGGCAGCCGCCUUCUGGGGUUGGUUCGUCCCCUAUGUCGGUACAUUUCCCAACGACCCGGAGGGCGCAUUCCUCUACACAGGCCGUCUCAAUCUCCUCCCUGACUUCGCGAAACGUCUCAUUGGGUGGACGAUUACAUCGCCAGACACCGAAUCCGGCUCUGUCAUCACCGGCUCAUUGGCGCUGGGUGUGAUGAGCGUUGUUUCGGGUCUCGUCGCCGCGGGCUCGGAAUUUGUGGACCUGAUGGGCUGGGACGAUAACCUGACCAUUCCAGUUCUAAGCGGCAUUGGACUUUGGGGGUUCUUGAAGAUUUUUGGUUGA